UCCCGGCUUGACGUCAUCGGCAGGCGCCGCAGCGCAGUGGCGGGCACGCGCAGCCGGGAAGAUGUCUCCGACGCCGCCGCUCUUCAGUUUGCCCGAAGCGCGGACGCGGUUUACGAAAUCUACCAGAGAGGCCUUGAACAACAAAAAUAUCAAGCCAUUGUUGAGUACUUUUGGCCAGUUACCUGGAAGUGAAAAUGAAAAAAAAUGUACCCUUGACCAGGCUUUCAGAGGGGUUCUUGAAGAAGAAAUUAUAAAUCAUUCGUCAUGUGAAAACGUUUUAGCUAUUAUUUCUCUUGCUAUUGGGGGAGUAACUGAAGGUAUUUGCACUGCAUCUACACCUUUUGUAUUAUUGGGAGAUGUUUUGGAUUGUCUUCCUUUGGAUCAAUGUGACACAAUAUUCACUUUUGUGGAAAAAAAUGUUGCUACUUGGAAAUCAAAUACAUUUUAUUCCGCUGGGAAAAACUAUCUACUGCGUAUGUGCAAUGAUCUCCUAAGAAGAUUAUCUAAAUCGCAGAAUACGGUCUUCUGUGGACGAAUUCAACUCUUUUUGGCCAGGCUUUUUCCUCUAUCUGAGAAAUCAGGUCUUAACCUGCAGAGUCAGUUUAACCUGGAAAAUGUCACUGUUUUCAAUACCAAUGAACAGGAAAGCACCCUGGGUCAGAAGCACACAGAGGAUAGAGAAGAAGGAAUGGAUGUAGAAGAAGGUGAAAUGGGAGAUGAUGAAGCUCCAACAACUUGCUCCAUCCCAAUUGAUUACAACCUGUAUCGAAAAUUCUGGUCACUUCAGGAUUACUUCAGGAACCCCGUGCAAUGCUAUGAGAAGAUUUCAUGGAAAACUUUUCUUAAGUAUUCUGAAGAAGUUUAUGCAGUUUUUAAAAGUUAUAAAUUAGAUGAUACUCAGGCCUCAAGGAAAAAGAUGGAAGAAUUGAAAACAGGAGGAGAACAUGUAUAUUUUGCAAAAUUUUAA